GGGGCUGGAGGGCUCUGCACGGCGGACUUCCAAGUUGCCCCCGCACAGCUGGAGGUCGGGAGUUCUAAGCCCCCCGAGGGCGGUGCCCCAGCUGUCCCAAGUACCCGCUAGGAGCCCGGUGCAACCGACCGCAUGCAGCGCUCGGAGCGCACCAAGCCGAGCAGAAGCAAAAUAUAAACCCCGCUGGGCCCGGGGGCUGGCCGGCUGCGGCGCAGAGUCAGCGCGGACCCGGAGCGCCUUUCGUUUUAAGGAGCCUUACUUCUGGGAAGGGACAGGGAACUGUCAAUCAGCGAGGGAGGGAGCGCACCGGCGCUGGGUGAUGUCAGCGGAUCAUCUGCUCGAUAACAAAGAGGGGGUAUUACAGGAGAAAGUUGCAGCGGCGGCGGCGGUCACGGCGGCACCCCGGAGCCUCCGAGGCGAGGGGCCAGCGGGCGAAGGGAGGGGGGGGGGGGAACGGCUGCUGCCGCAGCAGCUUAAGACCAAGGAAUUGAAAGGGCUGUAGGGGGAGGCAGUGCGAACCAGCCCCGACUGCCCCUCCUCUUCCUCCUCCUCCUCCAAACUCGCAGGGUUCAGCCCCAGCGCUCGCUCAGCCGCCGGGAGCACCCGGACGGACGGGAGGCAGCCGCGCGGCCCCGAACUGGGCAAGGUCCCCAGCCGCCAUGGAUAGCGACGACGAGAUGGUGGAGGAGGCGGUGGAAGGGCACCUGGAUGAUGAUGGAUUACCACACGGGUUCUGCACGGUGACCUACUCCUCCACGGACAGAUUUGAGGGGAACUUUGUUCACGGAGAAAAGAACGGCCGAGGGAAGUUCUUCUUCUUUGAUGGCAGCACCCUGGAGGGGUAUUAUGUGGACGAUGCCCUGCAGGGCCAGGGAGUGUACACUUAUGAGGACGGGGGUGUGCUGCAGGGCACAUAUGUAGACGGAGAGCUGAAUGGGCCCGCCCAGGAGUAUGACACGGAUGGGAGAUUGAUCUUCAAGGGGCAGUACAAGGAUAACAUUCGGCAUGGAGUCUGCUGGAUAUACUACCCAGAUGGAGGUAGCCUUGUGGGAGAAGUAAAUGAAGAUGGGGAGAUGACUGGAGAGAAGAUAGCCUAUGUGUACCCUGAUGAGAGGACAGCCCUUUAUGGAAAAUUCAUUGAUGGAGAGAUGAUAGAGGGAAAACUGGCUACCCUUAUGUCCACUGAAGAAGGAAGACCUCACUUUGAGCUGAUGCCAGGAAGUUCGGUGUACCACUUUGACAAAUCGACAUCAUCCUGCAUUUCUACCCGUGCUCUUCUUCCAGAUCCAUAUGAAUCAGAGAGGGUUUAUGUUGCUGAAUCGCUCAUUUCCAGUGCUGGAGAAGGACUGUUUUCAAAGGUAGCGGUGGGACCUAACACUGUUAUGUCUUUUUAUAAUGGAGUCCGGAUUACACACCAAGAGGUGGACAGCAGGGACUGGGCCCUUAAUGGGAAUACCCUCUCCCUGGAUGAAGAAACGGUCAUUGAUGUGCCUGAGCCCUACAACCACGUGUCCAAGUACUGUGCCUCCUUGGGACACAAGGCCAAUCACUCCUUCACUCCAAACUGCAUCUAUGAUAUGUUUGUCCACCCCCGUUUCGGGCCCAUCAAAUGCAUCCGCACGCUCCGAGCCGUGGAGGCCGAGGAGGAGCUCACGGUGGCCUACGGCUACGACCACAGCCCCCCGGGGAAGAGCGGGCCUGAAGCCCCGGAGUGGUACCAGGUAGAGCUGAAGGCCUUCCAGGCCGCCCAGCAGAAGUGAAAGGCUCAUCCCUGAGCUUCCGAGACCUGGAAUAGAAACUUGGAUCUAUGCACUACGUUUUCCGACAAUGGGACAACCAGGGACUGCUCAUGCUGUGACAUCACAUCCUCUCACUCUGCAUUAGCAACGACUUUCUCGCAUACUAACUAGGUUUGACUGUAUUACUCAUACCAGAUUUAAAAUUAGCUAGCCUUUUAACAACGUCCUACUGAGAGGUAUUGUCGCACACUUGACACAGACAGCGUGAUGCUCUUGGGUGGUUCAAGCCUAAAUCUGUACCACACUCAGAGAUGCCAAAUGAUUAGACUGAAAAAGGGAAAGGGGGCUUUUCAGUCAUUCGUAGUCUGUGGUUUUUCCAUGAGGUUUUUUCCUAUGACCAACAUAAAGUGUAUGUUCGCACUUGCAUACGGGCCGUAGGGAGGAUAGAGAAUUACUACAUUUUUAUUCUCUAAAUGUAGUAUAAUUUGCCUUUUAACCUUUGAUCUGUAUCUUGCAAUAGAAUGGCUUUGGUUUUUUUUUCCCCCCUAGCGAACAGAAUCCCACUUUUUUGAGUCAUUUCACCCAUCAGUCCCAUUCUCUAUCUUAGAUAUCUUUUACGAGAGAAAAAACUUCCAAAUGGAUUUCGUGUCAGUGCCAGUGCGUAGGUCUCUCUGGUUCUUCCUAUAUCAUUGUUUCAUUAUCAUGUCCUAAUAUAAAGAACUGGCUCAUAGGGCCAGGGUAUUAUUCUAGAACUAUUAUUCUCGCAUGUAAACAAAGAUACCUUUGCUUUAAAAUGUGAGAAGAAAUGAAUUUACUUCGUUCGCAUUAAGUUAUGGGAGAGCUGUAAUAUAUACUUUAAGAAAGGAGAGAGGGAAAUUAGUAUUUCUAAGCAGUAACUGUGGCAAUUUUGCAAUCUCUUCAAUAGUGCUAGUAAUUUCUUCUCCUCGGGUACACAUUAAAUGUACAUAACAUAGAGCAGUCCGGCUUGUGGUGCAGUGCAUUGAAUUCAAAAGUCAAACAACCACCUAGAAUUCUAAUGUGGAAUUCUAAAGCUGAGGUGUUUUUUUUUUAAUUGCUACUGUUAGGAGAGACAUACCGAUCACUAGGUGCAAAUCAAACCUUAAUGCUACAACUCUUCAUUGUUGUAUUUUCAAAGCACUUACCUGCUUCAAAGCAUUGUGAGUUAAGAGUAACACCUGUAUAGUUUCAAAGCAAUGAUAUCAAUAGCAUUUCAGCCAUUUUGCAAGCCACAUGUAAUCACAACUGCAGAAAUAAGGCAAGAACCCCUGUUUUUUAGUUUAGCUGGUUAGGUGUAUAAUGGACCCGGGACGGCUCUGAGUGAAUUCUGCGAGUUUGGGGCUUUCGUUAGUGCCCUCACCCCCAGGCCAUAGCUGUGCCGUCUUCGAGGGCCUCGACAAGGCUGCCGGAAGUGGUGGAGAGCGGCCACUGCCAGCGGCGGCACCUGUUGCCUGAGCCAGUCUGGGCUUGAAAGCUAAAGGCUUCCAAGCCACAGCCGAUGGGGAGCUCUGGCCGAGCAGAGGUCGCUGGCUGGCAGCGAGAAGAGUAAAGAAACGGGCAGGAAGGAAGUUUUUGCUGUUUCUUGGCCGGUAUGCAUUGCUCUUAGAAAGAAUUCAACAAAAGUGCUUGACCCAGGGCUGCUCACAGUUCUCCGUUCAGGCGGCCCCUGAGCACGGGAUUCAGCCCUCGAAGACAGUGACAGAAGGGGCCCUUCCGUCCUCUGCAGGGCCAGGCUUCCUGGAGCUCCCCUCCUCCCCUGGUGGUGCCAGUGCACGUGGCCAGUGCAGGGUGUACGGCUAGCCAGCAGUGGUCUCCAGGGGGUGGGGUGGGGGUAAGCUGAUGUUCCCCACAUGAGAAGUUGUCAGGGCUGCCAGAAGGAUCUCCCGCAAGGGGAACCCGAGUAGGGUUUUUAGAUGAUAACGCCCCAGGAUAGGAUAGCUUCUAUUCUGUAGAAAGAGACCGUUCUGCAAACUGUGACCGAUGGGCAGUCUCGGGACUUGUGUUCUGAUGGGUGCUUUAAUUCAAAUGCGUCCCAAAGUGAGCGACUGUCUUCAGGAGAAAGAUGGCUUGAAGUGGCCCCGGGCUUUUGGGUGUCGGAGCCAGGUCAGCGAGCAAGGUCAGGAUGGAGCCGGCCACACUUCCAACACAGUUUCGCUUUGAAGGAUUUCAUUCCUGGUGGUGAUACCAUUCUUGUUGAGGCUACAGGACGGGUAUAAUUUCUGUCCUCAUGGGUUACUCUGAUUAUUCCCCACUCAAAUGGAAUCUUUCUUUUUUCCUUUCUUUCUUUUGAUCUAAGGGAUUGAAGAGUCGUAAGUAGUAAUUAACCAUCGAAUCCAUUUUUCAAAUUAGGUAUUGAAUGACAGCACUGGGGUUAAAACCCAGCAGUGUGUCUGUGACCUUCAGACAAAUCAGAGGAAACACCACACCCACGCUGAGCCUGUCUGUCUGUCUCCCUCCUCUCUUCCUGCAUCUUCUGGGCCUUCUCUCUCCUGUUCCAGCUCUUUCCAUCCUGUCUCUCGUCUGUGGGAAUGCCUGGAUGUCCCUGUCCCGCUGAUCUCUUGCUCUUUUCCAUCCUCUCCCUCCCCAUUCUGAGUGUCUCUCCUCUCCUGCUAGGCCCUCUGUGUGUACAUCUGUGCCUUCACUCCUUGUCUCUGCCUAGCUUUGUGGCUCCUGCUCCCGUCCCCGCCCCUCCCCCACUCCCAAAUGGAAGACUGUCACAGAGUAGAAUCCCGAGGGGGCCUUGACAUUCACUGUGUUCCACAGGUAGGUGAAGAAGUCGAGAUGGGGUGAGGUCCCAUAAGGAAUUUACUGGUGAGGAAGGAAGGGUUUCUCCUUGUUUUAUUUCUCUACCGAAUCUUUGCAUCCACCGUGGAAGGAAACGUGUCAGGAAGCAGCCGAAUCUGGCAGUUUUAUGGGCGCGAUGAUCACAGCAGAACUGCGGAAGAUUCCAUGUGGUGGGGAAUAAAGAAGUAACCUCACGCUCUCCCAAAACACGCCUGGCCCCUGCGCGUGACGCCAUGGUCUCGAGGAGGUUCACUCAGAGCUGUCUCAUCCCCACCCCCUGCAUGACUAGAUCUUUCCUUAGCAGCUUCUCUGUGACAAAAUAUCCUCUUGUGUUAGAGUUAGGAAUAGGAACUAAUCUGUAGGAGUAUGUCCCCACGUGGACAUUUGGACGGCCUGACAGAAUCGCUGUGAGGACUGAAUUUCUGACCCAAAGCAAAGAGGAGAUGAAGAGGCAACAGGCAGGGAAGACUUGAGUUCCGUAGUACCUAUUCUUGUUUUAUCCUGCUUCAUCCCUGGUCUGCCUGAGAAACGAAGAAGGAAAUUCGCUUUUCGAGACCUCUUUGAACCUGUCUGGGGCAUAUGGUUAAAUGUAUUUGCCUCCCAGGGGUUCGUCCCACUUGAAAAAGGAUUUCCUUAUCACCAACAGCCUGGAGAGGCCGACAUGGAGGCAAGUGUCUUCACUGACAGCGUUAAUUGUAACCAUUAAGAUGGCAGUAACUGUGAACAGUGAAUUCAAGGGUUGCCUUCUCAGUGAGACGGUAUGUGGCACUUUAGAAACUUUCCUUUAAUAUAUAAAAUUUUAAAUGACUCACUGCAAAGUGCAUUUAAGAUCUUCCAAGAAGGUAGAGUUUUCUGUUUUGCCUUGUUUUAAAAACCGUUGCCUCAAGUUUCUGUCCUAAGAAUAGUGAUUUAGAAUCCAGACAUCUUUUCUUUAAGAAAAACAAGCAAAACUAUGUUGCAAGACUGAUAGGUGUAAUGUUUAUUUGCCGCAGAUCAAAGGUUCACAAAAUACUUUAAAUUUACAUCUACUUGAGGUACCUUGAUAGAUGGUUUUUUUUUUUUUUUCUUUGCUCUUUCCCUUCAGGAAUUUGGAGCCUUGGUGUCACUUUUUUAUUUAAAAAAAAAAAACAAAAAACAAAACUAAAUUGUGAUAGUUUUAUUUUGCCAAAUGUGUGCAUACAUAUUCAAAGCAAUGAAACUAUUUCAAGCCAUACAACCACAGGGGUGGAAAGAAACCCUUUUCACAAAUUUUAAUGUGUUUGUAUGUAAAUAGAUGUUUGUAUGAAAUAUUUUCAUGGUAGAAUGAAUAUAUUUAAAUGAAGUCGAAUUAUUCCAGUGCUAUUUAAACAAAUUACAAAAUUUUUGGUGAGAAUCCUCAGAGUCUGUCGAGAUACAAUGCAGAUCAAUUUUGAUUUUUAAAAAAUCAAAAGCCUACAAAUAACUCUGACUCACGGCAACUUCCCUGUGUGGUUGCGUCUGACAUGGAGAGAGCUCGUAGGCUUCCCCAGUGCCUCAGCCGCUUCCUGGUGAAAGUUAGGUGCUCAUGGAGGUGUGUCUACCUUUAAGUGACGUCACUCCUGGCCUCCGAGGGCCUGCGAGUGAAUUAGAGGCAUUAGAGACACUGGUGCAGUUAUCCAGAGCACAAUUUCUUUGCAGGGCAGCAGAAUCCGAAGCCAGAUAUGGCCACGUGAACCUCGGAGCUGGGUUUUCUGGCCACCAUCAACCGCCACCCUUACUGCCUAGUCACACGUGUCAGGGAGGCUGCCCUCAGUGGAGUUGGGGUUCCAGCCCCAGGGUGGAACUUCACGGUUUUGCCAGCCAUCCCCGCCUCCUGGCCUCCACCUCACAGAGAGGAAGGAGGAGGGAACAGCUGGCAAGGGGCCCAUUUCUCAGCACAGUACAUUUCCUGUCUCGGCUCUGGGAGACUAUGCACCCAAGCACCAAACUUCCAUCCAGAGAGAGACGUCCUCGGAUAAUGCAAAUCCUUGCUUCCUCUGUCUGUGACUUUACACACUGUUGUUAGAAGUCGUUUUAAUAUCAAGACCAAUCACAUCUCUGGGACAUACCUUCCAACUCUCCUGACUCUUACGUUACUAGAACACUCCUUUAUAAUGGUAUUCAACUUGAGUGGGUUGUUUUUGUGGUUUUUUUUCCCCUCUGCUUUGGUCCUGGAUAUACGAAAUGAUAAAUAUGACAAAAUUUUCACUGUGUCUACUAGCAAUAUGUACACACAUGCCAAUGUAUCUUAUCAUAGCGACUUGGUUAUAUUUUGGGUUACUGUAAUUAACCUUGAUUCUUGUGUUGGGAAACCACAGGGAUGUGUGAUGCCUGCUUAUCAUGGAAGAAGUUAGGUUCAUGGUCUGAGCUCCCUCCUUCAAAAGUUUUCCUCCUGGGUCUUCUAUGUUCUCUUUUAUCCUAAAACGUGUUUAUUAGGUUGUGAGGUAUGUUUAAGGAUUGGAACCUAGGGGUAUGCUUUCAUCAUUUAUUGAGAGCAAAAGUUAACCCCAUCACAGUUAACAAAAGAUUGGUCUUUGUGGAAUUUGAACUAAAUCUAUGAGCCUUAUUCAAAUAUCUAUAAUUCUAUGAUUUUUUUAAAUUAUGGGAAAUUAAUGAAAGAUGUUUACAUGAAUAAUGUUUGCCCUUACUGUGUUAUGAAUGAGUUUUUUUGUAGUGUGUCUGGGUGCAUGUGCAAGAGAGUAGGAAAAAUGUUUCUGAAACAAAACUUGACAAAUAUUUGUAAUGAAAAGUAAAUUUAAAGAUUGCUAUAAUUGCGCUAUAGAAACAAUGCAAGUAUUAAACAAAAUAUACAAUCAUC